AUGGCUAGCCAGGGUGUCAAUGUCCUCCGUUACUCGGCUCUCGUUGCCGGUCUCGUCUACGGUGUCUACCACCAGUCCUCCCUCAACUCGGUGACUAAGCGCGCAGAGAUCGAGCACGAGUAUGCUCGCAAGGAGCGCUUGAUCGAGCAGGCCAAGGCGGAAUACAAGAAGAAGACCCAGCCCCAAGAGACCAAGACACAGACCAGCGGACUUAUCACGAAUUUCGAGGAUCCCAAGUUCGACCUGGAGGCAUUCUUGAAGGCUAAGGCUGGAGAGUAA